AUGGGUCCUGUGCAGGCGGAGAACACGCUGCUGGAGAUCAACGGGGAACGUAUCGUGCUUGACUCGAGCUCCACUGGGGCUGACGUGUAUCGCCGACUGUGGUGUGUGACUUCACGUGCGUCGUUGGCCACGCCCUAUGAGCUCACGUUUCGGCGACACGACUUGGCCCAAGCAUCCGCCAAGAUCGUGCCGUUCGCAAGACGGAAAGACGUGCAAGACGCUCAGCUCGCCCAGCUUGCAAAGAUUGAAGCGCAGGAGGCCGCACUGCCCAUCGACAUUCGCCGUAAGAAACUGUUUAUUUUCCAGCAAUUGGACUUUGAGCGGGAGCAUUACCUGGUCGCGCACGUGAGCGGCCCACUUCAGCAGCUACAGACCAGCAUAAUGGGCGGCGGUCAGUGGCAGGCGUAUGAAUACGGCAAGACGAUGUGGUACUUCCACGCACCUACCGCGCGGUUGUGUGCCCAGCACCCGCUCCGCUGUCAUCCAGAAGCUCGAGAACUCAUCGAAAGGGUCCAACAGCAAGUCCAGCAGGCUUGCUUGAUGGCUGUCAUCCAGGCCGAGAUAAAGCGACGAGAGGAUGAGAGGCGGAAGGAGCAGCAACGACAGGAAGACGCGGUGCGUCGGGUUCAGCGGCGGAUUCGAGGGUAUCAGCGAUGGAAGCGGUUCUUGGCCAUGAUUAAAGCAGCAAAGCGACGACAACAGGAGCUUCAAAGAGAACAACAGAGAGCAGAAGAACGGCAACGCGAAGAGCAGCGAGCGGAGGAGAACCGGCAGAUGGAGCUGAUGAAGCAGGAGCGACAGCGACUACAGCAGGAACUUACCGAGCUGCAAGCAGAGAUGCAACAGCUUCGGCUGCUCAAAGAGACCAAAUUACCGGUGCAGACGGAAACGCAGACCAGUGCCCGACGAGAUGAGAGCGCCAUUGAGACGCUGAGGAAAGAAGAGCAGCAGCGACUUCAGCUGCGUCUUGAAAAUCUCGAGGUGGAGCUGCAGAAGCGGAGGGAGAUAAAGCCAUCCAACGAGUCAGAAACGCAAACCAGUAGCCGCAGCAGCAGUGGAAAUGACGUCGAGCAGCAACGAGCACGUCACAGAAUUGAGGAGUUGGAGCUGCAACUCCGCCAUCGAGACACCAAAGAAGUGGUGGAGUCAGAAACACAGACCAGCGGUCGACGUGGAGGCAGUUUACGGGAUGAAGGAGUCGAUACGGGAGACGAUCUUGAAUGGCAGCGGUACUUGACGCUGCUGCGUGUCGCAGUGAACAAGAAGAAGAAGACCUCCCCAAAGAGAAGCCGACAGACGCAGACUGACAGCAUCGACGGCGAAGACACUAUCUUGGCCUCGUCAAUGUUUCGAGCGCCGCAGCAUGCGGUAUCCUUCUCACCAUCGUCUCGUAAAUUCACCGGAGAGUGGAAAGGUUUUCCGUCGUGGCAGCGGACCAACGGCAACAGUAACAGCGGGUAUAGCAGCAACAGCAGCAGCACCGCGAGUCUCAUCACGCUCAAGUCCAGCCUCGGCCAAUUCGACGAGCUCGACACCGUGUCACCUCCGACACGUACAUUCGAAUCCUUCUUCGCCCCCGACGUAAUGAUGCCACCGCAGGAGCGUCCUCCACCACCUCUCGUCGAGCAGCCGUGGAGACAGGAUUCCACUUUCUUGCCGCUGAAAUCGAGUCGAAAGAUGCUGGAAAUCACGCCAGUCCACCAGCCACUGCAUGAAAAGGAAAGUCCAAUUAGACCCAUGGGGAACGCGUCAUCCUUCGUAAUAACUCCAGCAUCCAGCCCCACAAAUACAACCAAGCUUCCAUACAUCACUCGGAGGCGGAAGAAUAAUGCGUCAUAG